AUGAUUGGUCAUGUGGUAUAUCGCCUUGCGCUUCCACCCGAACUGUCCAAUGUCCACAAUGUGUUUCACGUUUCGAUGCUUCGACAGUAUCUUCGAGAUUCAGAGCAUGUUGUUGAUUAUGAGAACUUGGAAGUUCAAGAAGACCUUUCUUAUGAAGAACAACCGAUGCAAAUUCUCGAUCGUCGUGAUCAGGUCCUUCGAAACAAGACUAUACCACUUGUAAAAGUUUUAUGGAGAAACCAUCGUGUCGAAGAAGCAACAUGGGAAACUGAAAACCAAAUGCGAGCCAAAUACCCACAUCUCUUCGAAACCCAAGGUGAUGAGAUUUAG